AUGGCACGGCGCGCGUCGCCGUUCCCCCGUCUCUUGCUGGGGACUUGCAUUCUAUUCGCAAUCACACCCAUGGCGAUCCCUCACCGCCCCGAGAAUGCGAAGGACCGCUGGUAUAAGGUGCAUCACAACGGGAGCGUUGCUGAGCCGCACGCUCAUGUCACCCAGCGCCUCCGCCGACACCCCUUGGCCCGGCGCGUUCACGAACAACACCAUCUUGUGCGUGAGCGACGUCAGGAUCCCUUGUAUGAUGAUCAAUGGUACAUCACAAGCAACACCUUUCCAAGCUUACAGGUUCAUUCGUCUUGGGAAGCAGACAUCACCGGCCGAGACGUGGUCGUAACCAUUGUCGAUGAUGGCGUCGAGCAUACCAAUGACGAGCUCAACGACAACUAUGAUCCCGCCGCGAGCUAUGACUACAAUGAUGAUGAUGCCGACCCAAUCCCACGCUAUGGCGACAACGAUCUUAACAAACAUGGCACUCGCUGUGCUGGCGUGGUGGCGGGAGAGCACAACAAUGGUCGCUGCGGGUCGGGCAUCGCCUAUGACGUCAACCUGGGUGGCAUCCGUAUGCUUGACGGGCCCGUGCUGGACUCGGUUGAGGGGGCCUCCCUCAGCUUCAAUCCGCAAUAUGUCGACAUUUAUUCUGCCUCAUGGGGUCCUAGCGAUGACGGUCGUACUAUGGAGGGGCCGGGGCCGCUGGCUGUGACGGCUUUUGCAAGUGGCGUCAAGUAUGGACGAGGAGGAUUGGGCUCUAUUUAUGUUUGGGCCGGUGGCAACGGCGGCAUUAGCGCUAGUACCUUCAGCUCGUACUCGACCGGGUAUUACAAUGCCAUCGUCUCAGCUGACCUGCAUAAUCGCUGCACGGAGGGCUUCUCUGGCACUUCGGCUGCCGCUCCGCAAGCCUCGGGCAUCAUUGCCCUGCUUCUGCAGGCCAAGCCGUGCCUCUCAUGGAUUGAUGUUCAGGAUGCCGUCGCCUAUUCGGCAGAUCCCUCAGAUCUGGUGAACGGUGAUUUUCAGACCACGGGCAGUGGUCUUCGAUUCAGCCAUUACUUUGGCUUUGGACUCCUCCGGGCUGACACCUUGCUGGCCUGGGCAGAGAACCUGAGCUUGCCGUCGGCCUUGAACGCCCCAAUUUACUACAGCAAGCGCACGACCUCGUUUGCCCUCGCUGGUACACAAGCCUAUCGAGUGACGCUACCUUUAUGCACCCCGGACAACUCACCUUGCCAUGGAACCAUGACAUUUGUGCAAGUACAUCUUGAGUUCUCGUCUCAGCUGCGCGGCCAGCUGAGUGUGACCCUCACCUCCCCGAUGGGGACUCAAAUCGUGCUUUUAACAAAGCGCUCUCGAGAUCGCGCUGCCGUUUCAAACAUGGAAUGGACCCUUGGCACGUCGGGUCUCUGGGGCGAAAGCCCCGAGGGUGACUGGGUGCUGAGUUUUGACGCGCCGGAUAGCGCCCACAUCACCAUCCACUCUUGGCAGCUCAUAGUGCAUGGCCGCGCACCCCCUGAGGCUCUCGCUGCGGGUGAGCUGGUGACAGCUACACGCACGCUUUUGAGUCGUCGCCAGGUUGAAUGCGUAUCCUGCCCAGAGCAUACCUACCCAGAUGGCACUGGACAUUGUCGUCAGUGCGCUGCCAAUUGUACCGAGGGUUGCUAUGGCGGUUGGGCUGACAUGUGCAUCGAGGCCAAUGGGGAUGUGGACUAUCAGGGCGUACUUCUUGAAACAGAGUCGCCUCCAGCCUGGCAAACAGCUUUGAUCGUGGCUGGUAGCAUGGCCCUGGUUGGUGCCGCCAUCCUAUUUGCUUUGGACUGGUAUAAGCGGCGCCAGGCAGUGGCUCGGGUGCGCCGGGCUACACAUGAGACUCAGCUUGAAAUGGUUCAUACUGAGCCUGACACGGGAGAUCGAUUCGAUAGCCCGCCACCCUACGCCGCCAUCGCAGCCUCGGCCACCACAGCCUCUACAAGCCUGCCCUCCGCCCGGCCGAGUCUGCUCCCUGAUGAGGGAGCAAGCGCUUUGCCGACCGUGCUUGACCAUGUGCCAACAGCUGAUGAUAUUCGCCGUGACAGUGAUGCCCGAGCUGCCGCCCUAGAAGAGGCCGAAGCUUUUGAAGAUAGUACCGAUUCGGACUCCCUUUUGCGAGGAUCGCAUGUGUGAAAAGAGAUUUGGCGAAGGGUCCUUCUCAAAAUUUAUAUGGAUCUUU